AGAGCAACAAUAAUAAAGUUUCAUAAGUGUAGAGCGGGUCAGUCAGUCUUUGGGUCUGGGCUCGGGCUGGUUCUGUGUCAGGAUGUGGACCGCUGUGGGGUUUACCCUCCGCAGGCUGAAAGUCUAUCUAAGCUCUAUUUAUAUGCUUCAUCUGUUGCUGUUCCAGUUCUGUGUUCUGAACCUGCUGGUCGUGCUGGCCCCGGGUCUGGCCCGGAGGAUCAUGCUCCGGCUGGGGGUGAAAAGCACUAUGGCCCUCAACCCGCUGUUCCGCUUCGAAGACUGGGCUCCGUCUUUCACCACAGCGCGGUUCCUGCUGGCGGUCCUGCGGGGCUGCUGGAGCUGUUUUGGGGAUUCCGCGUUUGUGGGCUUUCGGGCUCCGGAUACCCCUUUAAUCACCAUGAAGGGGGACAAAACCAGCGUCCACCAAUUUAUCAGAGGUAAUCGCCCCCUCAUCCUGAGCUUUGGAAGCUGCACCUGACCUCCGUUUCUGUUCAAGCUUGACGAGUUCAAGCAGCUCGUCAGGGACUUUGGUGACGUGGCCGACUUCCUCGUCAUCUACAUCUCUGAAGCACAUGCAACAGAUGACUGGGCCUUUGGCAACAAUGUAGACAUCAAGCAGCACCGGGAUCUGUCAGAGAGACUGACCGCAGCUCAGUCCCUUGUUGAAAAAGACCCACUUUGUCCUGUGGUGGUGGAUGAGAUGAGUAACAUAACAGCCAGCAGAUAUGGAGCCCUUCCUGAGCGCCUGUACGUCCUGCAGGGCGGAAAUGUCAUGUACAAGGGUGGAAAGGGUCCUUGGGGCUACAGUCCAGAAGAAGUACGUAUGGUGCUGCAGAAGAUGAAGUAAGAGAUUCAGGAUGGAAGAGACAGGAAAUGCAUGUCCGAGGCUUUGCUGCUCUUUUUCUACUUGAACAAAAAAAAAAAACUGAUAAAACUAGUUUUUAAAUCCACCGAUUACACUUUAAAACAUUUAAUGCGUUAUUACAGGUAAUGCUCCUGCUGUACUGAACUGUUGUCAGCUUUGGAAGGUUUUCCAAAUAUAAUGGCAAAUUUAAAGGUCUUUACAUAAACAAGGAUAAAAUACAAAGAUAUCUAUGAUGAUAACCAUCUUUAAUCUGAUAUCAUAUUUUUAUAUAGCAACAGAUUACCACUCAUUGGUUCAUUUUGUUCAGAUUACCCGUCUUAUCUUCACAGAGAGUGUGUUGUCUGUGAUUUAUUAACUCGUUGUGUGGGUUGUGUUUAUGAUGAUUAAAGAUGAAACCUCAUAGCCUCUGUAGUCUGAUGUAGAAAUGCACAAACACUAAAUGUUUUAAUGACAUUCAGCAUCAUUCUUUGAUACAGACUGAUAUUCACAGAUGUUGGAGUUGUUGUACCAAUGAACAACUAUGUUUACACAACAGGUAAAAAUCCCCAAAAAAGGCCCAAAUCAGAAUUUAUUACCAAAUCCGAUAUUUCUAUGAUCUUUUUAAUGUGAUCCAUAGAUGAGUUUGGUAUAAACAGUCCGCGCUGUUUUUUAUUGCUGCAAUCAGCACUUUAAAGGAAUAAUUUUAUAUUUUCUAUAUAUUUUAAUAUCUGUAUACAUUAUGGUAAUUCAUGUAUACGUAUGAGCAUUGCCAUAUUACAGUAAAUGGUAUUUCACAAAACUAUUAAGCACAAAUUCAGUAAAUUAUGCAGUAAAUCCUCAGCUCAUAAAACAGCUAUCUGCAGUAGAUGACGUUUACAGUGGAAACCCCUGGUGACUGUAAAACUGAAGUUUUGUUGGUAGUUGUGUAUGAGAUCAGUACAGAAAAGAUUUAUUGCUCUUUUAUUUUAAAUAUAUACCAUUGUAAAGCAGUUAGCAAUGCAAUAGUAUAAAAAUGCCUUUGGAAAAUCUAUUUUUGUAUGAAUAUAAAAAUUU